GCCCAAUUUUCUGAUCGAAUCCCAAGCCGAAACCCUCCUCUCCUCUCCUCUUCCCCCGCUUCUCCCCUCUUCCCCCAACCAAAUUCCAAUGGCGGCCACGGCGAUGGACCACGACGGCGGCGAGGUGGUCACCCCUGGGGAGCUCCUCGGCAACUCGUCCCUCCUAGCGGGGCUCGGCGCCUACGCCGACGGCCGCUGCGUGCGCGCGUCCAUCACUGGCCAUCGCCGCCUCGUGCCGCCUCCUCCCGGCUCCACCGAUCAGAGGUCCACGGUGGAGGUGGUCGGGCACAAGGCCCAUGGAGCUGUGCCGCAGCCGGGAAGCGUCGUCAUUGCGCGUGUGACGAAGGUUAUGGCUAGGAUGGCUUCUGCAGAUAUAAUGUGUGUUGACUCAAAGGCUGUCAAGGAAAAGUUCACUGGCAUGAUAAGGCAGCAAGAUGUUCGUGCAACUGAAAUCGACAAGGUGGAUAUGUUUCAGUCAUACCGACCUGGUGAUAUUGUCAGAGCCCUGGUUCUCUCUCUUGGUGAUGCAAGGGCAUAUUACCUUUCCACUGCCCAGAAUGAACUCGGAGUUGUUUCUGCACAAAGUAUAACUGGUGGUACACUAGUCCCGAUCAGUUGGACUGAGAUGCAAUGCGAAUUGACGGGCCAAAUAGAGCAAAGGAAAGUUGCAAAAGUGGAAUAGAUUUGGUGACUUUGCUAACAGAAAAGGUUCAUGAUGGCCUACAAUGUGUUGACCAACAAAGAUGGUCCUCAUGCGUGUAUCAAAAGCUUGCGACGCUCAAGCUCACGUCGCCACUGGAUUUAGAGUUUUGGGUUAGCGAUGGUCCAUUAGGAUUCUAAAUGAUGUAGGUCAAGGUUUUGCUCUGUGUUGCUGAGGCUUCGGUACAACUGAAGGUUUUGGACUGCAUUGUUGGGAUCUUUGUUGUUCUUACAUAUGGGGGGUUCAGAAUUUUCUCGAUCAAUACUGUAAAAUUCCCAGUGUAUCUGUGUUCCCAAGUGUUAAGCGGGGGAAAAAAUGAUUUACAGUUAAACAUGAUUUACAGUGACAUUUAACUGCAUGA